AUGAAGUCCAACUACCUGAGACACCCUCUGCUGAAGUUUCGUGGGAACAAUGGGAGCACAGGGACCAUAGAAGAUUUAAAAGUUCUAUUCCACAAAAAGCUAGAAUGUUUAGCCAUACACCAGUUUAACUGGAUCCAUCAAACAGAGCAGUUCCGUACACUCAAACAAAAUCUUACAGAAGCUGAAGCUGUGCUUCACAUUGAUUUUUCAGAAAACUACGCCUGCAAGAUGAGCACAGAAGUACAGGCCUAUCAUUUUGGAGGCAGCAGAAAGCAGGCAACAAUACACACUGCCGUUCUUUACACAGUGCAUGGCACUAAAUCAUACACAACACUGUCAGACAGCCUCCGCCAUGAUGAGCGGGCAGUAUGGGCACACCUGGAGCCCAUACUGAAAGAGAUUCGGGCAACCUACCCACAGAUUAUGACCCUACAUGUCAUCAGUGAUGGACCUGUCACACAGUACAGGAACAAAGCCAACUUUUACCUCCUCAGUACUGUGGCUUUCCUUUCUGGGUUCAAGCACGUUUCAUGGAACUAUUCAGAAAAGUCCCAUGGAAAGGGUGCCCCGGAUGGUAUCGGUGGUGCCGUGAAGAGGGAUGCAAAUCUCUAUGUUCGUCGGGGAGGUGAGCUGCAGACCCCACUGGAUUUGUAUGAGAUGCUGACGAAAAAAUCCGGGUCAACUAUUACUCAUUACUGGGUAAACGAAGAGAGCAUCCAGAAAUAUGAUGAGCUGGUUCCAGAGAAAUUGACGGCUGUGAAAGGAACCUUAAAAAUACACCAGGUGUUGUCUUCACAAGCUGCACAAAUCAGUCACAGGGAGGUUUCGUGCUUCUGCCAGCAUGCAGAAAUGAAGACAUGCCUAUGUUACCAGCCAGUGAAAGUAGAUUUGAGGGACACCACCGACAAUUCCCUAAGCACUCCUGAGCCACCAAAGAAACAACCUCCUCAAGACUUGAGUGGAAAGUUUGUCAUAGUCACCUAUGAUGAACUUCCCUAUGUAGGCCAGGUCCUUCAGGUCGUGGGAGAGGAAGUACAAGUUACCUCCAUGCGACAGUCAGGAGAUAAUAACUUGUUUGUGUGGCCACAAGUGCCGGAUAUUAUAUAUUAUUACAAAAAAGAUAUUAUCCAUGUCAUUGCAGAACCUGAGCGAGCAACCUCACACUACUCUAAGCUGA